CUUUUGUUGCAUAUAUUCGACCCGGAGCCGGAUACACCAUCGCAAAAAUCAGCCAAAAUCAUCAUCACCGACAAGAAUAAGAAAUGGUCAAGAUUGCCAUUGCUGGUGGAUCUGGCAGUUUGUACCCCCAGCGGCAUUCUACAUGUUUUGCUGAUGAAAGCACAUGCUUACCGAGAACCGCCGUAGAUGUCGCCCAGGAAGUCAUCGACGUUCUCGUCGCCACCAAAAGGCACGAAAUCCUGCUCCUGUCCAGAAAGGACGCACCCGACGGAUGGACCGUCCCCGGCGUACAAUGGGUCCGCACAAGCUACGAGGACGCGCAGGAGCUCGCAAGCAUACUGCAAGGCGUGCACACCGUGCUGUCGUUCAUCGUCGUGCACUCAGAUAUUGGCAACACAUCACAGAGUAAUCUAAUCGACGCUUCCAUCGAGGCGGGCGUGAAACGCUUCGCGCCAAGUGAAUGGGCAUCGUCUUCCUUUGAGUACAUGGACUGGUACGCGGGCAAAGCUGAGAUCAGAGAGUACCUGCGCAAACUAAACGAGGACGAAAAAGUCCUCGAGUAUUCGCUGUUUCAGCCCGGCUUGUUUGCGAAUUACCUGACGUACCCUUAUAAAUCCGCCAACCACGUUGUGCCCAUCGAAACGCCCAUCGACUUCAACAGUUGCCGAGCCCUUGUGGUAGACGGCGCCGAGGAUGCACGCAUCACGCUUACGACGGUCCAGGAUCUUGCGCAAGUCGUGGCCCGGGCAGUAGAGUAUGAUGGCGAAUGGCCCAUGAUCGGUGGCGUGCGGGGGACGGAGCUUACAGUCGGGCAACUCCUUGCCCUCGGCGGCAAGAUUCGCGGUUCGUAUUCACCCCUGUACAGUAGCUUUGGGGGAGGACGGGAACAUACACCUCGUGCUGACCUAGAUCGAUUCAGGCAGGAGCUUCGUUGUGGACAAGCUCAAAGCUUCUGACCUCAAAGCUGGCGAGCUGAAAUCCUCUUGGAGGCCAACCGCGGGCCACCCAGCCUUUUCUCCGGAGGAGUUCAAGGCCUUUUUUGUGAAGCUCAUGUCGGGGAUUCUGCUGGGCAUAUCCGCUGAGACCAUGCGGGUCUCGGAUGAGUGGAAUCGUCUGCUGCCAGACUACCAUUUUACGCCGGCCGAUGACUUUUUGGCUGAGGCAUGGCGCGAUAAGCCAUAGACCUUGGCUUCGUCAUCUCCAGGGAAAAGAGCCCAGCAAGACAGUAUUUUGCUUUCCUCGACGGCCUGUAAAGAUCCCUCCAUCAUGUCUAAUUGCUUCCUUUGAUUUGUGUGUCAUUGAGGGGACGAUAAAGACGGGCUCAACCUCGAGCAGCAGCCAGGCACACUCGAGGCGGGGCGAGUUUGAGGCACACGGCGUCCGGUGGGAUCAACCUUCAAGUGCAGUACCGUGACACCACUCUUUUCACGGUUUACGUUCAAAGAGCCGCUUGGACAAGAGGAUACAUGGGCAGGCAUAAAGUCCUCUACACUAUCAAACAAAGUGCUUUUCGCGGCUAUGUUGAGCAGACUAUUUACUCUGGUCAACCGGAGAUUUUUGAUCAAUAGAGAAAUCCA